AUGCCGUGCAGAAAAGUUUGCUACGAGGUGUGUGACACGACCCGGGAGGUCAUCACCAGAAUAGUCAGCAUACUGCUCGUUCUUCUGCAGGGAGGGAUCCUGGACACCUUCCUCUACCUCCACUAUGGUGGAAACUGGUUCUGCUGGUUCGUGGCAGAUGCUGUGUCCGCCAUUCUCUUCACGGCAGCAUUUGUGGUGGCAGUGGAGCACUAUAGAAAGACCAAAAAUAAUAGCAAGGAGUCAGAGUCGCAGCUGUGCCAUGGGCGUGCCUUGGGUCUGCUGCCCCUGGGGUAUGUAGCUUGGUUUACUUAUUCUGGACUCGUGGUCCCCAGGGUGGUGCUGAUCUUCAAACAUACCGGUAUAGCCGCAGGGCUGGAUGAAGAUGACAUCCUUGGACCAAACUUUCUGAAGACAGCUCUGGCGUUGACUGCUCCGAUUUUCCUGCUCAUGGUAUUAAGUCAGCACAAUAAGAGACAGACGCUGGAGAGAAAACAUUACAUACAGACCUUGGUGGCUGCUGUGCCGUUUGAUAUCCUAGAUAGUGUGGAGUUUCUGGAGAUAUUGUUUGUGCAGGAGUCCAGGCUUGUUUUGCCUUUCUUCUUGGAAAAUCUUAUUAUAUCGUUUCCUUGCAUUAACUUUAUUAUACCAGGUUUUUGCUUUGUCGUCCUGAGUCAUAGUUUCUAUGGGGAGCGGCCAUUCUCUGAACGAUUCCAGUUCAUAUACACUUUAUCCCACAUACUUCUGGUCAACGUGCCCUUCUUGGCCAUCCGCAUAUAUCUCUGGCACCUGCUGAGCCACGACAUCUCGGUUUUCUUCAUCAAGAACAUCAUGAUGAUCUGCCUUGGAGUCAAUGAUCUGUAUGAGAUAUGUGGUGAGAGUGAUGACGAUGGUGUAGGUGGCGCAGGUGCUGACAUGCCACCCAGCAGAAAUCCCCGGGCCGAGCUUGUGUUCAAUGACACGUACGAUCCAGAUGAUCUUGUAGUACAUCCAGGUUUACAAUAUGCAAAUCUACAUGUAGGUGUCAAUGACUCGUAUGAAGUUAGUAGUGAAAGUGACGACGAUGACGAUGAUGAUGAUGAUGAUGCAUAA